AUCGGCCAUUGUACGAUCUCGCGGAGACGAUCGUUCGCGAGAUAGUGUGGCAACGGAGAGAAACGAGUAUAUUUAUGCGUCCGCGACCGAUAAUCGAUGGAAUUGUAAGCGCGAUCGCGAUCGGACGGCGAAACGAAUCGAUCCAGGGAGAAAGAGCUGAAAAUACGACGAGAUGCGAGCCUCGAUACGCGAAUUAUAUAUCACACGAAAAUCGAGCGAGAACGGCCAUUGUGAAUUGCCAAUUGCCAUUGAAUCCGCGUUCGGAAAGACACAAAUGUAGGCUUGGUUCUCUUUUUUUUGCACCGCACCGCGUUACACCUUCCGCACUCGAAGUGUAGAUAAUAGUUUGACGUUUCGAAGCGAACGAAUGUGAUUGGUCAAACCAGAAUUGACGCUAAAUCCGAUUGGCUGCGCCAUAUUGAUACUGCCCUCUCGAUUGACCAAUGGCUCGUCGAAUUGCACACGAGUUAUCGCGUCAUUGAAUACGAAAUUUGCCGGGUUUUCCCUCUCGAUAGAAUUUCUUCCUUUUUGAGAAUAAAGAGAGACUCGUUUUUAUAAACGUGGAUUAACAAUCCUUGGACCUUUUUGAUGAUACUGUUGAGAUCUCGCAUAAGUUAAAUAUUUAAUUGAAAAAUACGUAGCAAGUUGUUAUAUACACAACGUGGUCUACGAAAAAUAAAUUAUCUUACAGUUGAAAAGAUGACGCACAAAUACGAGUGAACCAACGAUUGACGAACGAUUAAUAAUUCAACUUACUACCAGAUAAUUUUGUAUUCCUUAUACAUUGGACUCGAGUUAGUAUUUUGUAUAAAAUAUUAUAGAAAGCAAAACAGAAACUAUGGAUUCAAUGAUUGAAAGACGCAAUUCGUCUAUUGAAUCUGAGAAAUUGGAGGAAAAAACUUAUGUAAAAGAUUACACAGAAGCAGAAGUUGAGCAAUAUUUAAGGUUAAUAAAUAGUAAAGAUGCCAAUUCAAAAAAACCUGAAUUGAAUACAUCACUUGAAGGAUUAAAUGACAAUCUGCAAAAGCUUUAUGUGGAAGAUCUAGCAAAAGAUUACCAAAAGUGCAAUUUCACUUAUCAGCCAAAAUCUAAUGACUUGUCAGUUAUUUCUAUGAAAAAUGGAUUAAUAUCGAUAAUUGAAACAAAUUCUGUAGUUGUUAUUCAAGGACCAACUGGUUGCGGAAAGACCACUCAGAUUCCUCAAUUCAUUCUUGAUGAUAGUAUCAAGAAAAAACUCAACUGUAAUAUUAUAGUUACACAACCAAGACGAAUUGCUGCAAUAAAUAUUGCCAAAAGAGUUAGUCAAGAAAGCGGAUGGCCUCUUGGUAGUCUCAUAGGCUACAAAGUGGGUAUGAGAAAGGAACAUUCACCUGACACUCGCUUAACAUAUUGUACCACUGAAGUUCUCCUCAAUCUGUUGAUUCAUGAGAAACAUAUGUUGAAAUUUACUCACAUUAUAUUGGAUGAAAUUCACGAACGCGAUCGAGAGUUGGAUUUUCUUUUAUUAGUCAUUAAAAAAUUGUUACAAACAAAUUCUGGACAGGUCAAAAUUAUUCUUAUGUCGGCGACGAUCGAUGUAACGAGAUUUGCAGAAUAUUUUUCUACUAGAGUGGGAAAUAAGCUAAUGCCAGCACCAAUUGUCAAAAUUCCAGAAAGAAGAAAUUUUCAGAUUUGUACAUAUUAUCUGGACGACAUAGAGAAUUUAGGAGUGAUACCAGAGGUGUCGAUGGAACCAAUAAUUACUCAAGACAUGAUCAAUUUUUGCUCUCUUAUCAUCAGUGCUCUGGACCAAGUUGAUUUAAAUGAUAAUGAGAAAGAUUCAGAUUCGCCUCAAAGACACGCCGUUCUAAUAUUUUUACCCGGAAUUUAUGAAAUUGAAGAACUAUAUAAUUAUUUAUCGUCGACUUGCUACGUAAACAAAUUGUGGGAUAUAGUAACUUUGCAUUCAUUGAUUUCUAGUGAUGAGCAGCAACGGGUUUUUUAUAAAUCGCCAGAUGGUUACAGACGCAUUAUACUUUCCACAAAUAUUGCGGAAAGCAGUAUUACUGUGCCAGAUGUAAAGUAUGUGAUAGAUUUCUGUCUUAUAAAAGUGCUGGAGGUCGAUUCCAUUACUAAUUAUCAAACAUUAAAACUUUGUUGGGCGAGUAAAGCGAAUUGUAUGCAACGAGCUGGUCGUACAGGUCGAGUAAUGGAUGGUAGAGUAUUCAGAUUGGUUCCAAGAGCAUUUUAUAAUAACAUAUUUAACAAUGAGGGCACUCCGGAGAUGCUUCGUGCACCGCUCGCCAACCUGGUUCUUCGCGCCAAGAUUCUCGAUCUUGAUGAACCACGUGCCCUUCUCUCCCUCUCUCUUAAUCCACCCUCUCUGUCUAAUCUAGCGGCCACCGUUCUGACUCUAAAAGAGGUCGGAGCGUUAUUAGACGAGAAUGAUUCCUUUCAAUUAUAUGACGGGAAAUUAACCGAUCUUGGUAGAAUAAUGGCAGUUUUGCCGCUUGACAUACGAAUUACAAAAUUAAUUAUGUUGGGUCAUGUUUUUGGAGUUUUACGAGAUGCUAUUAUUCUGGGGAGCAGUAUGACCAUCAAGGACAUUUUUAACGUCUCGCAAUAUCGUGCUACUAUUUCUUCUUAUAUUACUCGAAGAAAAUGGGCUUACAAUUCUGACAGUGAUUGCAUCGCCACUUUAAAUAUUUACAAAGCAUGGCAAAAUGAAAAAGCGAAUCGUCGAUUAACUACUCGUGAAGCUGAAAGACAAUGGGCACAAAGAAACGAAGUAAACUUAAAAACUCUGUUUGAAUUGAAUGCUCUAGUAAACGAGAUCACUGAAAGAUUGCUCCACUUUGGAAUUGCAGAAAGUAUUGGAGUUAAUAAAGUCAUUUGGGAAGAUACAGAUCGCGAUUUCGUGCUUCAAGUUAUUCUCGCAGGAGCAUUUUAUCCCAAUUAUUUCGUCAAACGUAUACAAAAUUCGAAAAUUUAUGAAGAAAAUAUUACAAUGAACCUGGGUGUCUUAGAUCCUAUGAAUACAGUUUAUUUAAGAGGAUGGCCAUUAAAUCAACCUGGAUAUUUGUAUGCUAAACAAUUGCAGGAGAUUUUUGCUAAACAUCAAGGAAUUCCAGAAAAGCAGAUAGCAGUGUCCUUUGAUGAUUCAAAACGUGUUUAUGUGCAGUUUCGCGAGAAAACUUCUAUGAAUGAUAAUUUUUACAAUAUAUCAAACUUUGUGUAUCAGGCCGUCAAGAUGAGACAAUGCGAUGUGCCAUUCAAAAUAAACUUGUUAAAUCUAAAAGAAGCACAAAAGAUGGCAAAGUAUCAUAAUGUUGAUAAAUUUGAACAAACUCAUUUUUUUAAUAAAGAUUUGAAAAGGAUAAAGAGUAAUAGUUACAAAAUCAGCCCGAAAUUACCAGGACUUGAUGUCACCGAAAUACCUCUAUCUAUACAAACUAUUAUCAGCCCCGGAUAUUUCUGGGCGAUUCUCGACGACAAUGCGACCCGCAAUAAAUUAAAAAAUAUUGAAAAUAUUCUUAACAAACAUCCCUUGAAAGAACUUUCUUCUCCCCCAAAAACUUCAACCAUAAUCGCCGCCCCUAUAGAAAGAAAUAAUUCUUUAAUUUAUUAUCGCGCAAUAAUUGAGGAUUUUACCUCAAGAAUUGGAGACGUAGUCAAUAUUUUUUUCAUUGACAACGGUCGCUCUUCUCGAGUUCGAUGUAGUGAUUUAAGAGAAAUUAAUAAUAUAACAAUUUUAGAAAUGCCUCCUUUAGCGUUUCAUUGCAAUUUAGCUUUUUUGCAACCUUCAAAUCAAGCUAACUUUCAUGGUCGAUGGUCAAAAAUUUCGAGAAAUUAUUUUAUAAUGCAAAUUAAUCGUAAGAAUAAGAUCUUUGGAAAUAUUUAUUCAGUCGUUGAUAAUACCGUCAAUUUGGAAUUGAUUGCUAUUAAUGAAAAAGGAGAGGAAUUUAAUAUUAAUAAUGAUAUGAUUGAAAAAGGAUAUGCUAGAAGAAGAGAAGAAAGUUAUUUAUCAACACAUAAUCAUGAACUGAGAAUGAAUAUUAAUAGAAUGUCAAUGGAAGAAAAAAAAUUUUACGAAGAGAAACAGUAUGAUAAGGAUUACUUAUUAAACUAUCCUAAUCCACCUAAAGAACUUUAUAGCUCCAGCAUAAAUCUGCAAGGUCCAUACUCUCCCUUAGAAAUGGAAUUGAUCGAAUUGACAUCAGCCGGAAAAUUAAAAAAAGCAACCAUAGACUUUAAUUCUGUGAAUUGUAUUCUUCUGGAUGAUGAUCACGAUCAAUCAUUAGGACGUCUUUUAGUCGCUCAGAUCGUCAGUCAAGGAUCAAAUAGUGGAAUAUUAAUACUGAGAAAUACCACUUUCCUACCAAAUAUUCCUGGACUUGCAGCAUUGCUUACGCUAAGCUUUACACCGUAUAUGGAAUUGAGAUGUAAUUCACGACGGACUUAUUACACGGGAGCUUUAUGCGGUUUGGGUCCGAUGAAUAAUUCCACUAGACGGGCUAUGUUUCCUGAUCACGAUAUGGAAAUUAAGUUUGAUGUGGAAAUUACGAUCGACGAUGUCAAAGAGAUAAAUAAAUUACGUUAUUGGAUAAAUGCAGGAAUGCAACUAAAUCACAACUCGAAUUCUGAGCACAUUAUAAAUUGUCAAAAUAGACUUCAACGUAUUUUGCUUGAACUAAGGGAUAAACAAAGAAAAUCAAGAAAUCCAUUGAACGAUGAAAUUGAUAAUUACUCCGAUAAAUGGAAUUACUAUGAAAAGUCAUUUUUUUUGCCACCUGUUAAAGAAACGACAAGACAAUAUGACAUAUAUCCGUUGCAUAAAGCGCUAGAACUACGCGAAAUGGAUGACAAAAGGGAGGAAAUGCUGCAGCAUCUUGUGGAAUUGCAACGUUUUGCUUAUGAAGAUGUAUUUAAGAUGAAGAACGUGGUCAUUUUUUGUAAGCUGUGCAAAAUGGAGACAACUGGUCUGUUGGAAUUACGCAGUCAUCUUUGUUCAGCACAACAUAUAAAAAACGAAAAAGCAUUACGAAUUAGUUAGAUGAUUUAUGUCAAGAAACUAUUGCCAAAAUAAGAGUAAAAAAGUAUUUGACAUGUGAUUAUGAUAAUUAUUAAUCUAAUUUUACAUUAAAGAUUUACAUUAUUA